AUGUCGAGCGCUGCAGUCACGCCUUCCAUGCGGGCGGUCGGAUGGAAUGUACAUUUCACUGCAGGACACGAAGACGACCCAGGUGCUUUCGCUGGGAUUUAUCAAGUCCCAGGGAGCGAUUUGGUGACCUUUCGCCAAGUUUGCGACGAGCUGCGCCUCUGCUUCAAGUUACCGAACGAUCCACGCAACGAGAGUCACGAAGUCGAUCUCGACCCAUGGUCCAACGUUGCUUUCGCUCUUGUCGACCAAACGGAUUGGUCAAGGUCGUCAAUGCCCUUGCAGUCAUUUGUGACGCAGUACGACCUGGAUCAAUCCGUACCGAGUCUUUCGCCAUUGCGCCCGAAGGAACAGAAUGUCCUGAGAUACCAUCUUGUCUACCACAGGAGCUGCAAUCUGCCUUCCAGUUCCUCACUAGAAACUCAUCUACAAGCCCGCUCUCAAUCCCCUUCCAAACGAUCCGUUUCUGGCUCUAACUCGCCGAGUCGUGAUGACUUAGCGGACGCUAAUGAUGAUCUUCACGAUAUGCUUGUUCCUGCUAGCAUGAAGAUAGACUUUGAGGCGGCGAAAAAGGUCAUGAGUGAAUUCAAGGCCUCGUGUCUCAAUAGAGGAACUUCUUGUGCCGUCUCCGGCAAAGGAGAGACCUGGUGUCCAGGCCAGUCUAUAGGCCCCGGUGUCCAGGCCUGCCAUAUUGUCCCUCAGCAGCAUUACCACCUUUAUCCAAGGCAAUAUGCUGAUGACAAUAGCUUUGGAGAAGAUGUUUCGUAUCGACUUCAACAAGCCUGGCAGCGUACUUGGAGUUCCAGGAAUGGCAUACUGAUGAUGAAGCAUCUUCACGAGUUUUUCGACGCACGACUCUUCUCUAUCCACCCAGAUACGCUUCGUGUUCGAGUGUAUGUGCCUUAUGACGACCUGAUGGAGUUCAACGGUCGGACAGCAUCGGUGCCGGCGUCCAUUGAUCGCAAGGCCCUCCGGCAUCAUUGCGAGAUGUGCUGCAUUGAGAAUAUGGCAGCUGAGAGACCGAUUUCACAUGUUGCAUCACCGAGCACAAGCAGAUUGGGCACAUCAGGGACGGGCACGCCGCUCCGUGCGAGAACAGAGCUACCCGCGACGCCAGGCUCCAGAACCGCGCCUUCGGAGACCAUCGGUGGCAAGACAGGCGACCCAUCUAAGAGACCGCGAUCGACCUAUCCUGACAGAAGUCUGCCAAGAGACGCUCUUGAAUGGGGCGCAUUUGCUGACCAAGCGGAAGCCGCCGAGAGAGGGCGGAAACGUAGGCGACCGGAAGACUGCUUGGUCGAUGAGGCCUGCUCACAGAGUGAUUGGAUCGUUCCGGAGGGACGUCAUAUUGAAACUAUGCCAAUCGAUGAUGCCAAUCUAUAG